AUGACUUUCGCAUUUACUAAUUGUAUGGAUAAGGAUAUGUUUGUAAUGGGGGAUACGUCUACAAAUUAUAUGGAGGAUACUUUUACAAAUAAUAUGGAACAUUAUUUUACAAAUUAUACGGAAAAUACGUUUACAUAUCAUAUGAAGAAUUCAUUUACCAACUCUAUGUGGAAUACGGAAGAUACAUUCUUAAAUUAUACGGAAAAUACAUCUAUGAAUAAUGCAAUGCAGAUAAAUGCUUCUAAUACCCUAGCUGCUAAUGAAGACACCAGAGUGGAUAAAGACAUAAGAAUGGAUAAAAGUAUUGAA